AUGAGGUCUUUGGCUCUACUUGUAACCGUAUUGGCAGUUUCUGCCCGUGCUAAUGCUGCAUCUGCCGAUGACUGGGCCAAGAGGUCGAUCUAUCAAGUCAUCACGGACCGUUAUGCGCGGUCUGUCGACUCGACUGGUGACUGCAACAUCACCAAAUACUGCGGCGGCACCUGGUCCGGACUUGUCGACAAACUGGACUAUAUCCAAGGGAUGGGGUUCACGGCUGUACAAGUCUCGCCAAUUCAGGAGAAUUUGCCUGAAGAUACAAUCUACGGAGAGGCGUUUCAUGGAUACUGGCCUCAAAACCUCUACGGACUCAACGCCCAUUUCGGUACAGCCGACGAUCUGAAGCAUUUGGUUUCCGAACUACACAAACGUGACAUGUACCUGAUGGUGGAUGUCGUGGCAAAUGAGCUUGCAUACAGCAUUGGCGAAACGAAUAUGACUGCUACUAAUUCCACGCUUAUCGACUACUCGGUCUUUGCUCCAUUCAACCGAUCUUCAGAUUUCAAUCCUUACUGUGCUAUCAUGGACUGGUCAAAUCAAACAGAGUAUACAAACUGCUGGCUUGGCUACGAAGGUGUUGCCACACCGCGUAUCAAGACGACCGAUCCAGCCAUUGCCGCGACGCUUGAUCAAUGGAUUGCAGAUCUGGUCAGUACUUACAGCAUUGAUGGUAUCAGAAUAGACGGGGCAAAACAAAUUGAGUCAUCUUUCUUUCCUAAUUUCACACAAAGCGCCGGCGUUUAUGCAAUGGGCGAGGUUUAUGAUGGUGAUGCCGAGUUGAUGUGUGGCUAUCAGAAUCUUACCUCCGGACUCGAGAAUUAUGCUCUAUACGGGAAGAUCAUUGAUGCUUUUACGGCUGGKAAAAUGGCAGAUCUUGUUUCAAUGGUAGGAGCGAUACGUCAGGCGUGUCAUUCACCUCAGUACCUGUCCAACUUCAUAGAGAAUCAAGACAACCCUCGAUUUGCGUCUUUGACUCAAGAUAUUGCUCUGGCAAAAAACGCACUCGCAUUCACCAUCCUUAGUGAUGGUAUUCCCAAAAUGUACUACGGUCAAGAGCAACAUUUAUCCGGCAACUACUCUCCAUACAACCGACAAGCUCUAUGGCCUACUCAGUACAAUUCGUCCACCGAAUUAUACAACCUGACAGCAACGUUGAACAAACUGCGGGCUCAUGCGAUAUCGAUUGAUGAUCACUACAUCACAAAUUGGAGCUCAAUCCUCUACACCGAUGGAUCAACAUACGCCACUCGCAAGGGUCCAAACGGCGCACAAAUUGUCGCCAUACUAUCAAAUCAGGGCCUACAAGGCGGCGAUUAUACGCUACAAGUGCCUGGAGUCGCUGAUCCGGGGACGAAUUUGACGGAAGUGACUUUAUGUGAAACUGUUGUCGCUGGUUUUGCGUUUUGUCUGUUGCGCUACUAUUGUUCAAUUGACCGUCUGGAUAUCAUAAUCGGAUAUACAAGCAUGGUUUCAAAAACGAGCGCCGCUGUGGCUCUGCUUGCUGGUUCUGCAUUGGCGCAGAAUGCUACCACCAUCUCUGCCACGGGAUGUGUUGAUACAUCUGGAAUGACUACCUGUCUCAGCACGGCAGAGACGAAAUACGAAAGUUGCAUGGCUGCAGCGGGUGGCAGCGAUGAGGUCGUUAUUGCUUGUCAAUGGACAGAAUGGGUAGACCAGAUGCUUUGCUAUCAGGCAUCUUGCUGGAAUAAGAUCUACUCCUGCGAGUAUCAAUUCCUGGUUUCCGAAUACCUUGAGCAACUCACCACGAGCCCCAGCAUUCCUUACUACCCAGCUCCUGAUAACGCACCUGGCGGUUGUUCGUGCAAUCUAGGCGAAGUUUUUACCAAUAUUACGGCUAGCAUCGAUGCCGCGGGAUCUGCAUGCUCAAAAUAUUCCACAAGUAUCUCUAGCGCCCUCGAAACCUGCGAAUGUUGCGGGUGGAGUGCUGCCGUAUCUGCCUUCUACGGAAUCUGCCCCGACACUUCCCCCAACGGCCUGGGCAUCUCAUCCAUUGACAACCAAGCCAUCAAUUUCGAGAAAUUCAGCGGCUCCUGCGCAGGACUGACCGCAGAUACCUGUGCUCAGUACGGCUUUUACUCCGCCGAUAAUGGAACAUUCUUAGAUCCUACCGCUCUACCUGCUGCAGGCACAAACCCUCUAUCGACGACAGCGGGACCUUCGUCUCUUACAUCGCCGCCGGCUGGAGAGACGAUUACCUGGUCAUUGAAUAGUCAGACAUUUACCGUUACUGCUGCGCCGUAUAAUGCCAAGAAUGCUGGGUCGGGUACCACCGCCACAGGCACAGCUGCAUCCGCGACUGGAAGUGGUGCCACAGGAACUGCGAGCAAAGGUUCUACCGGCACGACUACCGCUACAGGAACUGUAUUGACGGGUCCUGUCAAGACAGGUGCAGCAACAAAGCUCCAGGGCUUCACUGAAUCCUGGAACGUGGGAUUGCUAUCUCUCUUUGGUAUGGUGGUUAUGUUGUAG